AUGGCCUCAUCAAGUGUUAAGAAGAGGUACCCUCCACUACUUUUUGCUGAAGGAAAAGCACCUAGUCAGUUAAGAAGUAUGAACCACAAUUGCUAUCUCUCCAAUUUAAAAAUGGUUGAAAUAGGAGUUGGGGCAGAUGUGUGGGAUGCGUUAAAAACUUCUUCUGUUGGAGUAAUUGCUAAGCUUAAGGAGGUAGACUACACAUGGUGUGCUGGUGUUGUCCAUUACUUGCUAACACAUCAAUUGGUCAUUGAAAAGCCUUAUGAGAUAUGGACACUAAUUGAUAGUCAACCUAUUAGAUUUUCUUUGCAUGAGUUUGAAGAGAUUACAGGUCUUAAUUGUGCUCCAUUUCAAGAUAAAGAGAACUGGGAUGUUGAUCAUAAAGAAUUUUGGGCGGAAAUGAAUGUUUCGACGGGGAAUGGACCGUCUUUAAAGGAGUUGCAAGCGGUGUUAGAUAGAUGCAAGGAUUGGAGCUUUGAGAAAAGGAGAAUGGUAGGAUGGUUGUCGCUUUUGUCUAUUGGGAUCUAUGGUAUUUCUCCUACUAGUAGAAUCCCUUUAGACAAAGCCAAAAGGGUACUUGACGCAGACGUUUUUGAGAGUUAUCCGUGGGGACGAGUUGCGUUUAGGAGUCUGAUUGAAUCCAUCAAAGUGAUAACUUAUGGAGUGAAGAAGUCUUCCUCUUCUAUGUUGGGUGGAUCUCGUGCUCGAUUCAAAUUUGAAGACUUCAUCUUAGAAGACAAGAAAGCUAAUGACAACAAGUUUCGUGUUAGGAGUUUCAUUUUAAAAUCACAAGAAGAUAUAUACCCUAAGUGGGAUGACGAUGAACCAGACGAGAAGCUUAACAAUCUGAUUGAAGAUCUACUGAACAAUAGAUUGGAUACACAAGCUUGGGAGAUCACUGAAGCACCUGUUAGCAGGAAGAAUAAACGUAAGGUAUAUGUCCGUCAGAGUUAUACUGGGGUGGUUGAAGAUAACGUUGUUGAAAAGUCUACAAAAAAGAAGAAAGACAAAGGAAAAUCAGUUGUGGAUGGAGAAGAUUGUGGUGAAAAUAGUAUAGAGAAUAGGGUGCUAUCUCAAAGUGAAACUGCAAUUGUGGGACUUGUGGACAUGGUUAAAACGUUGGUUGAAAAAGUGGAUACCAUGGACAACAACCUUGAUAACAAGGUUUUGUCUUGUUUGGGGCUUGCCUUUGAUGCUAAACUCGACGCUAAAGUCCACGCUGAAGUUGAGGUCAAAUUAACAUCUGUUUACGAGAAGAUUGCCUCGCUGGAGAAUGAGGUAAAAGAUCUUAAAGAACAACUUAAACCACGUGAGAUCACAGCCGCCAACUCAAAUGUCAACUUAGAUGAUGAAGUGACAAGUAAAGCUAUGGUACGUUAA